CGCUAGCGUCCCUACUCCCACCCACAAGUUUUGCUGGGCUGAUUUUGUUGUAGAAGAUCAAAAAAGCUGGUCACCUGGUACAUUGUUGUUGUUUUUAGAAGACUGUUUUGUUUUGUUCUCGGCUGUGACGGAUGGGUUCCUUGGUACCAAGCAUCUAGAAGGAUGCAGGCUGAAGGUGGAGAUGCCCGAGGUCGCACUCCUGCCAUUUAUCCAUCGUUCGUUUCACUUUUAGUGGACAUUGAGAAUGGACAGCCGGAUCAGAACAUUUUGAAGCCAAUUCUAAAUUUGCUUGUAGGUGGAACGUUUGACGCUGAAAGCAACUUCCGCAUCAAGGAUCCAAACAUAGUAUUGCUGAUCCUCGAACUUGCCAAACAUGGGUCCAAUGCUCUCAAGCUUGAAAUAUGGAGUCAACUUGCUGUGAUCUUGAAGCGUAGCCUUCUGAACGUGCAGGCGUGCACUGACAAAGAUCUGCUGAGCCAUUGCUUGAGCCAUCUCUUACUCACUAAUGAUGCAUCUGUUGCUGACAAGAUAGUGGAAGUUCUGACAGCCGUUGUCAGCUACAACAUCAGUGUGACCGGACUAAGGACACUAUUCACUGCACUGCAGGCAAUCAAUUUGCCUCAGCGCAACACUCAAAUCUGGCCUCAACAUGCAAGUCGUCUUGUGCAUGCGCUGCGUUACAUCACGGGCAAGGACAGUCCUGACGUCUUCUUCAGCUUCAAUGGUGCCCGAGAAGCGGCUGUAACUAUUCCACCUCUAGCCAAGUGGCCCACGCAGCCAGGCUUCACUAUACACACAUGGAUUCGCCUGGACCCACAGCCUGGUGUCAACAUGGCCAUUGCCAAGCCUUUCCUAUACUGGUUUCGCACGGGCAAAGGCUUUGGCUACUCAGCUCACUUUAGUGCUCAUACAUUGGUGGUAACAGCCUGCUCUGCCAAGGCUGCUAAGGGCAAGCCACAGACUCACCAGGUAGCUUUCCCUUUUCAGCCCAGGCAGUGGUUCAUGGUAUCUAUUGUGCACACGUUCAAUCGUCUCAAAGCUAACGAGGUCCAGUGCUAUGUUAACGGAACAUUGGCUUCUAAAGCUGAGUUGCCGUUUGUCACUACCAAAGAGCCAUUCGAUAAGUGCUACCUUGGUACAUCGCCAGCUGCCUCAGCCAACGAUGUCUUCAGUGGGCAAAUGACUGCCUUCUAUCUCUUUCAAGAGCCUCUAUCAGCUGAUCACAUCUAUGCACUGUCUGCACUCGGUCCAUCCUACAAGGGUCAAUUCAAGUUUCCUGGUGAGAGUGACCGUGUUAUUUUGAACCAUGAACGCAAGCUCCUGUAUGAUGGCAAGCUGUCCAACUCCAUCGUGUUCAUGUACAGCCCAAAGGCAUGUGAUGGUCAGCUGUGCUUAGAGUCCUCGCCGACUACCAAUCCAACGUUCUUUGUUCACUCACCGCAUGCUACUCUUCUCGAGGGUGUGCGCCCGAUGGCAGUGCAUAGUUUUCGCAGUGCACUGUACUCUAUUGGAGGUGUUGAGGUGUUGUUUCCAUUGUUCCAUCAUCUUGACUUGCCCCACUUCAGCCUGGACAAUGGGCUGCAGCCGGACUAUCAACUCUGCUCCUCUCUUCUUCAACUACUUGUUGAUGUCCUGGAACAGAGCACAACAGUGCAGCAGCAGAUGUUGCUCGGUAAAGGCUUCCUCGUUCUCAGCGACCUCCUUUUGCAGAACUCACCCAAGCAUCUGACAGUUGAGGCCAUGGACAUCCUACUUCGCUAUUGCAAUCGUUUGGUGAGUUGUUCGGGUCAGUAUGAACGUAGCUUGCUGCAGGAUCUACUACGUCACAUCAUGUUCAACGCUCACCUCUGGAUCCGUACUGAUGUUCAGGUACAAAUCAAGCUGUUCAGCUCACUGGCCACACUCCUACCACAGUGGCAGGUGGGUAGUGAGGAGAAAGGACGCGGUGUGGACUUACGCCGUGACGUGGGUGUGCCGCUCAUCAUCGAUAUUCUACAGCAUUUCUACUACUUGGCACCUUCUCCGAUCUUCGCCACUGACACAUCAGAUGUUGAGCAGCGACCCGAUUCCUAUGAAAUGAAGGAGCUCCGGUCUUACAUUCUGCUCAUUGUCAGCUUGCUGGUAUCACAGGGCAAGGGCGUUCGUGACGAAGAGCUCUCAAGUAUACUUACGUAUUUAUCUGUGGAGCCCGAAGAAAAUGUUUCCGAUGUCCUGGCGUUGCUACAUGAUCUGUUCAAAACACAUCCUGAAUCAGUCGCGGCAGCAUUCGAUCGUGCCAAGGGUAUCCCCGCGUUGCUACGCUUACUGCAUUUUGAUGACGACAAGAUCCGUGCGUCUUCCAUCCGUAUUUGUACCAUUUUUCUUCACCACCUUCCGUCCAAGCGGUUGGCUCAUUUCAUUGAGGUCCAGUCCUUGCUAGUGUUCCUAAUCAAUCACGUCCAAGAGAAGCCAUUCACGUAUACCAUGUAUCGUGCCAUCUACGAUUUGAUGAUUGAUAAUCACACAGCUGCUCCAGUCUCAACUCAAGCACAUGUCAGCAUUGUGUAUGCAGACAUCAUGGUGCUGCUCUUUCAGAUUUUACUUGGUAUUGGUAAAGUGCCGCAGACGGAGGCUUGUACUCCCAUGAGUAAAGUAGCCAGUGAUCGCACGGCCGUGUUUGACUGUCAGCACACUCUAUCUUCACAGGACUUACACAGCAAACUGUCAAGCUGUUCGCAAAUCACUACUUGUGUUCACAUGCCGCCCUCACUGGUCACCGACAUCUUGUCUGAUAUUGUGAAAUUGUUGGAUGACCGGCCAGACAACUGCCACACCUUUUCUCAGAUUUCUCACUGGCAAGGCUGGCUGCUGAAGUUUCUUGUGAAUGACGAGGCACUUUAUCCGUCAGGUACAAGAAAGCUGGUCUUGAGGAUCUUUUUUGUCAUGAUGGAGCACAGUGUGCGUCAUGAAAAGGACGGAUGGAUGUUCUUCUCUUCGGCAAUGGCGUUGGCUCAUGCCGAGUCUGUUGGUGCUGACACGGUGUGUUGGAUGACGAGGCUUGCGGUUGCCUCCCUUCCCAUGCCAGCUGCUACAACAGCUGCGGCGGUGCAGAGCAAAACAGCUGGACCGUCACUGUCUCUGGGAGCUGUAUUAAAACGGCGUAGGUAUUCCAAAGAAGGAGUGUCUACACAGCAAGCAACACCAGCAAAUAGUGGACAGGCAACACCGAAGGCCUCAGGCGCGGAUGGUACUCAGAAAGUCCAGGAUGAGGCAGUGAACAGUGACAUGCAAGGGUCCUCUCCCAGUACCCUGUGUGCUGGUGGCGAGCUACACGAAGGUCUUGUCAUUAGAGUGGAAGGUGAAAGCGAAGAGGUAUCAUCAGAUACAGGUACAUGUAUACGUGGCACAUCUACUGCAGUGUCAAGUGCUGAUGAUACCACUGCCAGUCAACGUUCUGCUGCUGGUGUCGAUGAGCUCGAUGGAGACAAGGCUACUACUGACUCUGUUACUGACGGCGGCGAUUGUGAUCAAGCAAGUGCUUCUCCAGCUGUGGAACAGCAGCAGUGCCCAUCAGAACCCGGUGCUGAGCAAGAAACUGUCAGUGUGGACUCUGAACUGGUCAAGAACCUGCAGAGUGCAAUGGGUAGCAUGUCCGGCGAUGAUCCAAGCCGUGUCGGCCCUGAAGCCAAAAAGGUAGCCUCACCUAUGUCAAGCGACUAUGAUAUGCUGUCUGAUCUGAAUGUUGUAGUCAGUGUAUCAGAGCAUGCCUCUGAUGACGAUAGCCAUGCAGUACGUGCUUCUGCAUCUGAUCAUGUGACCGGAGAAGGGAACUCCCCACUCGAUGGUCCAAAAGACUCAAGUCAAGUGCAGGACGCUGAUGAAGACAACGACCAGCAUACGGGGCUGCCAGCAAUUCGGAAACCGAUACGUUUGAUCCUACAGCCAAGUAGCGUGGAUGAAGAGCAGACUCAGGAAGACCUGAGUAGUGGCGCAGUGCAAACGGAAUCAGCACCAGAGGACCCAGCCACUAGUAAUCCGGAUCAGAAGAAUGCUGAUGCUUCAGCAAAUACCGACGUACGACCGGGAUUCCGUGCCAUGGAGGAAGUGGCAAAAGCCGCCGUAUCUAUUGUGCAAACACCGCUGCAGCAGCGUAUGACUCGCCACAAUCUCAGCAACCUGCAGGCGACGGCUAUAAAACACAUGCCAGCGUUUGAAUGGUGCAAGGUACACUACACACUACUUGAGCUUGUUCUGGAUGUCCUGGAUGGCCUGUAUGGUGAUAUUGAUGAUGUUCUCGAGAAUCCACUCAACGCCACCGAGUUACCAUUGCCCAAACAAGGUCAGCAUGUUCAGACCAACGUUGCUCACAUUCUCUUUGUCGUCAGCGACCUGGUGCUGGGUUCCAGUGGUGGCUUGGAUGGCCUCAUGAAGAAAGCCAUGUUCCAGAUGGCACCAGAUGCCACUACCGUCGACUCUUUUCUAAUGUCGGAGGAUGAGCAAGUUGGCUGUGAUUAUGCCGAGCGCCUAUGCAAGGUUGCAGUGAAUGUGUGUGUACGCGGGGCACCGGUUCACCACAGUGUGGAGGUUGCACACAACGUUGGCAAUGGUGGCAUGUUCAGGCAGAUUAUGCGUAUCGUAUUGGCCAAGGCCAUCAUUGCUAAUCUGAAAACAGCGCAUCAAGUCAAGGAGGCUGAAAGUCGGUUCUUUGCAGACCUUCAGAACAUUACAGAGCUUCACCAGGAGACUGCCUCUGCAUUGAAGGAACUCAAGAUCUCUCAGCAACAAAUCAAUAAGUAUUUGACAGAUCGACUGGACUGUCGUCAGCGGGAGCUUGUAGCAUCCCAAUCUCUGUUCUCCCAGGCACACAUCAACCUGCUCUACACGACUCUGUUCAGAAAAAUAGACGAGCACAAACACAACAUAUCAACUGUGCUGAGCACACUGUACGUUUUGAACAAGUUGCUAGUGGUGCAGUACCAACGAAUUCUGGACGGAUUGCAAUCAGCAUCAUCUUCGCCCACUCACCCAUCGUCACCCAGAGCAGAAGAUGUUGACGAGGAUGGUCAGCUCCCGCCAGAACAGAGAGCACCCAGACGUGGCUCGAUGCCGGAAGCUGUUUCUCCUCGGCCGUAUGCUGCUCCAUUGCGCCGACUGCAGCAGAUGACGUCCAUUCAGCCUGGUGGACAAUCUCCUAGACUGCGUGAGCGGCUGGUUAGUACUGUUGGACAGCAUGGACCAUCAGUACACCGACAUCGCUGGAGGAAAGCAGCAGAUUCCAGCACAUCACCUCUCAAGGCCUCGAAGGAGCCGCAGCGACCUGACCUAACUAAACAGGUUGAGGCAAUUGGCACGUUUGUGGGGCCAUUUCUGAAAGACCUUUUCCAGGAGUUUCCCUCUAUUCUGUCCCAAUUGAAAACCACCAGUGGCGAACCUCUUCUUGGUGCAGGCCGCAGUUGGAAGCCCACAUCUUCGGUUGUGGAACUUGUAAUGCUGCUAUGUUCUCAGGAAUGGCAAAUGUCUAUACAGCGCUCUGCUGGCUCUGCAUUCAACACUCUGGUGGCGGAAGGAACUAAGCUGGCUCGACAGGGCAGCUCACUGAUGACUAGUUUAGCAGCAGAGGCUCUUGCUCAGGGCGCAUAUGAGUUUACCAGCCUACAACGCAAGCAUACCCAACUACAGUAUGAAUGCCGGUACCUUGCCGAUAACUGGUACACCCUGGAACAGCAGUCCUGCACUGAACUACUGGCAGCACAUCGACGUGGUCAUACUGAAGCACGGCGCAUAUGGAGAAAGGUAUGGGGCGCUAUGAGCAGAGAGUUUGGACCAUGGGCUGUGGCUGAGUCACAGGACCAACUCUUCCUCAGGCUUGACAUGUCUUUUGAAGACAGAUUGAGGCGGCGAGUUCGCUUCAUUCCCAAUCCGAAUGGCUCCAGCCAUCCAGAAGCUACCCAUACCACUUUCACGGACAGCCCGGAGAAAAUUGACUACAGUCGUCGGUUAGUACAUGAAAGUGUAGCUAACAUAGGUCUGGGCCAGUCCGCUGGAUCUGAGAGUCCAGUUCCUACAGCUGAUGAAGAGGAUGACUUGGAGGCAACGCCUACGGAGCCAGAAGUUGCAGGCCGAGUGGUGUUGACAACAGAGUGUGUGAUAGUAACACCUGGACUCAGUGCACCUGGCACUCUGACCUGCACAACAUCUGCUCUCUACUUUGCCGUGGAUGAGACAAGCGAAGAGUACAAGUCAUGCUCACCAGAUGUGCUAUCAUUGCUCGACUGUUUCCAUGCCAUGUGGGAAUACAGCAGUGUGACAGCUGUGUAUUCUAGGUCUUACAUGCAGCAACGCACUGCUGUCGAGGUCUUCUUUACAUCACGAGCAUCGGUGUUCUUCAACAUGUCCAAUACCGCUGCUGUGCGUCGCCUUGUCUCCGUUCUGCCCCGUGUUGGUGCCGGAACGCAGUUUGGAUUGCCGGCAAGCAGGGCCACUUCCUUACUGUCACCAAGUCAACUCCUUAGUCGCAGUAACAUGACACAGCGCUGGCAACGGCGAGAAAUCUCCAACUUUGAGUAUCUGAUGUUUAUCAACACCAUUGCUGGGCGUACGUACAACGACCUGAACCAGUAUCCAGUCUUUCCCUGGGUCUUGUCGAACUAUCAUUGCAAGCACUUAGACUUGAAUGACCCUGGCAACUUCAGAGAUCUGACACAGCCCAUUGGUUGUUUGAAUGUCCCGCGAUUGAGUAAGUUUGAAGAACGCUAUGAGUUGUGGGAGGAUGAUGCCAUACCCAAAUUCCAUUACGGUACACAUUACUCUACGUCUGCGUUCACCAUGAGUUGGCUUAUACGCGUGGAGCCGUUCGCAACUUACUUCUUGCAGCUUCAGAGUGGCAAGUUUGACAUGCCCGGACGAACGUUUUCCUCCUUGCCUAAUGCCUGGCAAAACUGUCUGCAAGAUACAUCAGACGUGAAGGAACUUAUCCCAGAGUUGUUCUACUUGCCGGAGAUGUUCACAAACUCCAACAAGUUUGUAUUUGGCGAGGACAAUGAUGGCAAGACAGUCGAUGAUGUUGAUCUACCUCCUUGGGCAAGCUCUCCUGAGGACUUUGUGCGCCUGCAUUCACAGGCACUAGAAUCGGAGUAUGUCUCUAGCCACCUGCACCACUGGAUAGAUCUGAUCUUUGGAUUCAAGCAGAGAGGUGAGGAAGCUGUCAAGGCCAAGAAUACGUUUUACUAUUUGACGUAUGAAGGCUCUGUACAGCUUGAUCAAGUCACGGAUCCUAUUAGCUUGAAGGCUGUAGAACAGCAAAUCAACUCGUUUGGUCAGACUCCAGCUCAGCUCAGCACUGAGCCUCAUCCAUCUCGCAAUGCACCCAAGCCUCAGUACCCAAUUCCCAUCAACACCAUCUCUGGGCCGGUGGCGAUGUUGUCAGUUACUCCUGAUGUUCCUAUUGCCUAUUUGAUGGCAGCUCAGUCUCAGCAGUCUAUGUCUGUGACAAGCAGCAACGGCGGCACACUUGCAUCAAUCAGCUGUAAUCAGAUGUUCGCCAUGAACAAGUGCUCUGUUGCUCUCAACACUCAGUCGAUACCAGAGCCACAGAUGGAACUCGAUCCAGAGUUAGGCACAAAGAGUGGUGCACGCUAUCGACGUCUAGGUGAACCACUUGAUCAGAGCAUAGCUCCAUCACCGAAUUGCUUCACAGUCACUGAGGACUGUCGGCAUAUCAUAGCUGCUGGAUACUGGGACUACAGCCUCAAGUGUUUCGCUACUGAAUCAAGUCGUCUUGUGCAGUCGGUGUUUGGUCAUCGUGACCUGGUGACCUGUGUAGCCUACUCAGCAGACACUGUGGCUGGUAACCGUGCUAUUGUGGUGUCUGGAUCCCGUGAUGCCACCGUAUUGCUAUGGCAUUGGUCUAACACGCUUCACAGGAUUAUAUCUUCUGAUCAUGACCAGGGAGCGGACAGUGCCAGUGCGCAGGCUAUCCUGACUGGUCAUGAGCUAGCUAUCGUCAGUGUGGCGGUCAAUGCUGAUGUUGGUAAAGUCGUCUCAUGCUCACAAGGUGGCCGUUGUCUAGUGCACACCUGCCAUGGAGAAGUGUUACAUUCAGUGCAACCUAAAGCCACUCGUGGAUUACCUACGUGUGUUCGUCCUCAUCAUGUGAAGAUCACAGCAUGUGGUCACGUUGUACUACUCUAUGCUGAUGGCAGUGGUGUGUUGGCUGUUUUCUCCAAUACUGGAGAACAGCUGGCAUGCAAAAUGCUAGUUGACCAGGCCUUGGCUGUGGCAGUGAGCCAGGACGGCCGCCAUCUGGUGCUAGGUGGCAUUGCACGCACAGUGGAGGUGCGACGCUGCUCUGACCUUGCGUCCAUACUCGUCUAUCCCGGUGCAGAGAGUAGUGUGCGAGCACUGACAACUACAGCAGAUGAACGGUUUGUUCUGGCUGGUUUGUCAUCAGGCAGCAUCGUUGCCUAUCCACUGGAGUUUCCACGCAACUGAGUGCCACCUUUCUAGGACAUUCUCUUUACACUUGUUUAUUACUUACAGAUUACUUUGGAGAUUGAGUACAGAUUACUUUUCGAGUAUAUAGCAUUUUACUCUCUUGGCAUUUAGUAUGGCAAAUUUUAUCAUCCAUUGCUUUUAUUUGUACAGUAUUCUAGCAGAAUUUGGCAUUUAGUAAAUUAUUUCAGAAGACUAUCCGUACCGAGUUGUGGCGUUUUGUUCAAAUUUCUGUUGUUCGUCAUUUGCUGUGCCCAGUGUGAUGUAUGGUUUAAAUCAUGCUGCUUGCAGCACAUGCACUGCACUCCUUGAUAGUAUCCCUGUUAGCAUGUGGCAUUUAGCAGUGCGUUUCGGCACUAUAUUUUAUAUUUUUAUGUCCUUUUGUUUUCACCGCUUUCAUCCUCUUGUUUUCAUCGUUUUCGUCCUUUUGACAGUUUUGUUUAUUUGUAGACACUGUCGUUACCACUCAGCAUGUCGAAGGGUUGUAAGAAAGUCACCUGUUGCAGUGCUACUCUGCUGUGAGAGGUCUUUUAUUGAAGAAAAA